AUGCCAUUUAGGAAGGUCGAAGACACGUUGGUCUGCUCUAAUGGCCACACGAUCUCAAACACGCUUGCAGAAAGAGACGAGCAGGAGUUUGGGCCAGUUGGAAAGAGAAAGAGAAUUCACAGGCAGAAGAAGGAGAAGCAGCAAAAGAGGGCGUGUUCAAACGAGGAUGCUUUUAGAGUAUUUUAUGCAUUAUGGAUUCAUGCAAAGGAAUUCUUUAGAACAAAAGAUGAGAGACUGUUUCUGUUAUGGACUGAGCAGUUCAGAAUCAACGAGUGGACUGGAAUGAGAGUACAGCGUAUAUUGAAGGAGAUUAUCAUUGGUAAAACACAGGAACUUGGAGACGAAUAUGCCCUAUACAAGGAGGCCUAUGAUAAAAUACGCAAAUUGAAACCAGAGACACUGAAGUGUGAUUUAGGUCACACAUCAACUGAAACAGUAGUUGAUGAAGUAGAGGUGGAAUCACCUACCAAGACCAUCGAUAGAGACCCAAAUGCCAGCUUCUGUGACUUCUACACCACCGUCUAUCUAUCAGUGAGAAGAGAGGCAGAAGUAUCAGGUGGAAUCUACACAUUUUCAGAACAUGGGCGCAGAUUCAGUCAAUUUGACUACGAUAAACACUUAGACGAAAUCAGCACCAAUUACAAAGAUAAAUUCGCCUGUUCCUUCUCAAAGGACAUUGAUUCAUUUGCAGCAGUUGAUUGCAAACUACGCUGCUACUCUCAACCAGGAUACGAUAGCACAGAUGAGUCCAAGAGGGGAAUGAAUUCAACUGGAUGCAUCACAAUGGAGAAUGAGAUGCUAAAAUACAAGUAUAGAACACUGUUUGUCAUGGAUACUGAUAUGGCACUGAAAUACCUCCACAUUCUGUUCAUAGAGUACAAUAUGGAUAAAAUAGGAAUCAAUAGAAUCAGGUUCCUGAAAUACUUCAAGAAGUGGCUGGGUGUCUUUGGAGCAGACCGUCUCUACCUUCCAGAAGUCGACUACUCGCUCUACAUUCUGACGUAUGUUGUCCAAUUCCACCCAGAAUACACUGAUCAAUAUCUUUCUAAAAUAUCCAAUUACACCAAUUUGACCAGAAACAAUAUCGUAGGCAGAAUCAACCAGAACAAGAAACUGCUGAAUCGGAGUUGCUCUCCUGGCUUCCCCCAGAAAACCAGUCGCAUUUUCACCCGAUUCAAUUCAGCCCGUAGUCUCCUACGAGGCAUCUUCUACAGAAACAGUCGUAGUAAAAAUGAAUAA